CAAUGCUCUGGACAUCGUCGCAGCCAUCCUCGACUCGCUAUCCGCCAUUCAGUUUCUAUAAUCAUACCGCUCUCGAGCUCGCACGGUACAAUGUCGGUGCAAGGAGCGGAACUUUCAAGCUAGCCCGAGCGGACGCAGGACGUAACCUUCACGGUUGGACGGUUUUCUCUGGUCGCCGUCGGCGAAUGUUUCGCCGCGGUAAAGAUCCGUACUCUGGACUGCUCCGCUCCUCGAUCACUGGAUGCGCCGUCAUGUGUGCUUCGUGCCUCGGCUGGCUCUCCUCCUUGGCCUUAAAACCUGCUUGUGGCUGCCAUCACACCCGUCCCAGCAAGAUCCAGCAGGACACUCCUGACUUGCAACGAUACAGCGAAAGCACUAAGCUCUUACAUACUUGACGAUGUUCAUCUCACCAACGAUAAAGCUCCAGUCGGGUGCAGAGAUGCCCCUGGUUGGGUUCGGCACCUGGAAGCACGACGGGGACAAGGCCAUUGAGGCCGUGUACGAAGGCGUCAAGGAGGGUUACAGACUGUUUGAUUGUGCCUGUGACUAUGGCAACGAAAAGGAAUGCGGUUUGGGGUUGAAACGCGCUUUGGACGAGGGGAUCGUCAAGCGUGAGGAGGUCUGGGUCGCUUCAAAGCUGUGGAACACCUUCCAUCACAAGGAACACGUCCGUGCUGCCGUCAAGAAGUCCCUCGCAGAAUGGGGCGUAGACUACUUUGAUCUCUACUACGUGCACUUCCCGAUAUCGCUUGCUUAUGUCCCCUUUGAGACUAGAUACCCACCGGGCUGGUGGGUUGAUGGCAAGUCGCAGGUCAAGCUCGACCCUGUUCCGCUCCGCGAGACCUGGGAGGCACUAGAGGCAUGCGUCGACGAAGGCCUCAUACGUCACCUCGGCAUCUCCAACAUGACCAGCGCGCUCAUCAUGGACCUCAUGAGCUACGCUCGCAUCAAGCCGAGCGUGCUCGAAGUCGAGAUCCAUCCGUACAACCAGCAACCCCGUCUGAUCGAGUACGCACACUCGAUCGGGCUUGCUGUGACUGCAUAUUCGUCCUUCGGCCCGAUGGGCUUCCGCGAGCUCAAAAUGCCCAAGGCUCUUCGCACGCAGCUGCUCUUCACGCAUCCCGUCAUCACGCGCAUCGCCAUGCGCCACGGGUGCACGCCCGCACAGGUCAUCCUCCGCUGGGCAACGCAGCGCAACAUCGCGGUCAUCCCGAAGAGCGACACGGCUGCGAUGAUGGAGGAGAACAUGCGCAACGUUGAGACACAUCUGCUGGAGGAAGACAUGCAUUCGAUUGCGCAGCUGCAUAUGGGUUUGCGAUUCAACGACCCGAUUGAUGAUUUCCCUGGAUGCUACAUUUUCUGUUAAUUGCAUUACUGGAUAGAACGCUGGACUGCAUUGCUGUUGAAGAAGAUAUGGAUGCUGUAACUCUAUGCCUUUGUAUUCUUACUGCAAACUAUGUACAGUAUGUACAGAUAUGCUUUAUGUAUGCAUUAGUUGCUGUAGCACCGAAACGUUAUUUUGAUGAAGGAGCUU